CUUCCGACCAAAAAGGGCGCGUGGACUGCUGUGAUCUCUGCUAUUUGUUGAAAUGAGGCUAGACGGCGCCGGUCACUAGUCAUGGCACUCUUCGACGAGUAUUUGGCUAGGUUCUUUCAACGAGAGACAUUCCUGGAAUCGGUCACGUACCUUCCGCAGCAUGUGUUGCUUUGGGCAUUGCUGGUGUCCGAGAUUCGUUACAUCCGGAAGCAUUCGUUUGGGAAAAGCUGUCGGCACACCAAGGACCUGUUGCUAUUGUUUGCCAAGAGUGUGCUGAAUCUGGUCGUUCUAGUUCUGGCCAUCUCGAACUUUGGACGUCCGGCAACUCUUCUCGCUACAAAACUCAUUGAAGCGCUAUCUUACAUUAUAACUCUGACGUUGCUUCAUCUCGGUGAACACUACAAUGUACGCGAUCAAACGUUUCUGCUUUGCUUUUGGACGCUGAAUCUACUGGUAAACAGUAUCCGCAUGGUCGAGCAGUCAUCCAUCGAGAGCAUGGUUUUUGGAGGGAUCAUGCUGACACUAGUCCUCCUCAUAGCCUACUCAAAUGUGAUUUCAAGUUGCCAUAGUAACUCCACCGUCCUGCCAAAUCUCAUAAGAUCGGUGUACUUUAGCUGGUUCAAUAACAUUAAUCGAGCGGUUCAUCGUUCGAAAUCAUCAGAUGAGUUGGGAACCCUGAACGAUGACAUGCAGGCUGCAACCCUGAUGAAAACCUUUCGAGGUGUCACGGUAUCCAGAGGACAGUACGAGUCGGUUGCGAUCAGAGAGGAAGCGUCGCCUACUUUGAUAUCGAUCAGAAUUAUGCUGCGACCCUUUUUGAGGGAUUUGAUCAUCACGGGAGUCAAUCGACUAGUUUUGACUGUAUUGUUCUUUGUGUGUCCAUUUUUGCUAGGUCAAAUUCUUCGCCAGGAUCGAUCAACCGAGUUGGAAACGCACUCUCAAGUUAUCACCAUCUUCAUCGUUUCGCUGCUGAUCGCGGCCUUGAACGGCCAGUACUUGUACGAUACCCAGAAGAUUGGCCUCAAGAUCAAGUCAGUCCUGAUGACGAUGGUGUACGAGAAGUCACUCAAGCUGACAAGCUCAAACCAUGCGGACGUAACGCUGCUGACCCUGGAUUCGUCCCGCUUUAUCGAUCUACUGCCAAACGUUCACAUGAUCUGGUCCGGGCCGUUGAUCAUAGUGGCAUCGAUUGUGGGUUUGGUGAUCGUUUUGGGCUGGUGGUCUGCCCUAGUCGGUGUCCUGGUGAUGGUUGUGACCAUUUUCGCUACCAAGCUCAUCACUGACAAACUACGCUUGCUUCAAAAGGACUUCAUGGAUCGGAAAGAUCCCCGGAUAUCAACGACCAACGAAGCGCUCGGUAUGAUAAAGCAGAUCAAGCUGUAUUGUUGGGAAACGUUCUUUCAAGAUCGUAUUCAAGCGUAUCGCCAGCGAGAACUCCAAUCCCUCCGGAAGAUCAUCAUCUGGGACAUUCCAAAAUACCUCCUCGGAGUAAUCUCUCCCUUUGUGGUCUCACUGGCAUCCUUCGGGAUGAUGAUCCUCAUCGGAGACGCCUCGCUGUUGACUCUCGAGUCAGUAUUCGUGUCAAUCGCGCUGUUCAACAUCCUCAAGUACCCGCUGUCCGUACUUCCGAGUUUAUCUUCGACGUGGACAGCCGUGCAAGCGUCAGUCGAUCGCAUCAACACAUUCCUAGGCGCAGCAGAAAUACCGACUCUACCAAGACCAAAGUCGUCAUCCGGUGGGACGCGAUCUCGUCAGCUAUCGGACUCGCUCGAUGAAGUCCUUGGAGAAUGUCGCAAGACGCUGCACCGUCCAGUAGUUUCGAUUAAGCGAGCAAGCUUCAGGAUCGCCGGUAAACCUAUCGUGCAAUCGAUCGACCUGCAGAUAUACGAGGGAUCCUUCCUAGCGAUCACCGGGCCCGUAGGAUCCGGCAAAUCCUCCCUGCUGGCGGCGAUCCUGGGUGAGUUUGAUCAUAGUGGGGAGAUGGCCAGCGUCGUUGGACACAGCGCAUACGUGUCACAGGAACCUUGGAUCCUGCAUCAAUCUAUACGGCAGAACAUCCUGUUUGGACUAGAGUGGGAUCAACUGCGGUAUAAAGAGGUUAUUGAGGCGUGCGAGUUGCUGCCGGACUUGAGCUCAUUCCCGGAGGGCGAUGCCACCGUUGUUGGUGAGAAGGGUGUGACGGUUUCUGGGGGUCAGAAGCAGAGGAUCGUGUUGGCACGGGCCGUCUAUCAGAGUGCGGAGAUGUAUCUUUUUGACGACCCUCUGAGUUCGGUGGAUGGUGAAGUGAGUGGGGAGAUUUACCGAAAGGUAUUCGGAAGGGGUGGGUUGUUGUUUGGAAAGACGGUGGUCCUCGUUACGCAGGACGUGGAGUUAAUGAAGGACGCUGAUACGAUCGUGCUGAUGGAGGGUGGUCGAAUCUUGGAGAAGCAUUCGUACGGGUCUUACCGGGAGAAGUACUGUACGGAAGAUUCUUUGUAUGGAAAGAGCGAGGAAGAGCCUAAAAGUGAUAAUCAAAAGUUUGACGAACAGCUGUUUGUGAAGAGAAGAUCGGAAACGAUCAAGGAGGGUCGAAUAGACAGGAAAAUCUACUUCAAGUACUUAGAGAAGCUCGGAUGGAUUUCAGUAAUGCUGAUCGUGUUGAUCAACAUUUUGAUUCCACUGUGUGACAUCUACUCGACGAUUUGGUUGGCGGAAUGGUCAACUACCAACCAUAACUCGGCCUUGAAGGAUCAUUACUACCUGGGGAUCUACAGUCUGUUUGUGCUGGGAUUGGCAUUCUUCCUAACACUCAACAGCACCGUAACAACGGUUCGCGGUGCUGCCGUAUCGAAACAGAUGCACAACAAACUCCUACAGAGCACACUCCACAAAGCGAUGAACUACUUUGACUCGACCAACUCCGGCCAAAUAAUGAACCGCUUCUCAACCGAUCUCGAUGUAGUCGACUCGAAAAUCGCGCUCAAUUUUCGCGAUCUCCUAACCAAUCUUUCGAGUGUCAUCUCAAUCUUGAUCCUGUUCUGCUUUAACACAAGCUAUUACAUUAUCAUUGUGCUCGUCGUGAUCAUGGUCUUCUACUACUGGCUGCUCAGCUAUCACCUGGAAACGUCCCGUCAACUUAAGCGUUUUGCCGCCUCCAGCAACGCUCCGAUCAUCCUGCACUUUAACGAAUCUCGCGAGGGUCGUACGACGAUUCGCGCCUACAGGCAGGAAGACCGCUUUCGCGAGCAGUUCAUGAUGUUCGUCGAUCUACACCAGCAUUAUUCGUACCUAUACCAGGCUUCCAGUAGGUGGUUGGGUAUCCGGCUUGAGGUAAUUGGCGCGGUCACUAUAUACUUUGUGACCAUGUUUGCGAUCCAUAACGAGGCUACGAUUGGGGCCUCUAAUGUUGGGGUCAACAUCAGCUACGGACUGCGGUUGAUUCCGUUGCUGAAUGCAUUGGUGCGAUCGACGGCACUUCUGGAGGAGAACGCUACCUCGUUGGAGCGUAUUGAUCAGUCGUUGAACGAUCACAGUGAAUUGGAGGUCUGUGAAGUUGGUAGCGAUCAGAAGGGUUGGCCUGGCGCAGGAAAGAUCGAGUUUGUCAACUUUAGCAUGGACUACGGAUCGCGAACUCAUGCCUUGUUGGACAUUAAUAUGGUGAUCGGUGCCCGGGAAAUGCUUGGGAUCGUUGGUCGAACCGGAGCAGGGAAAUCCAGUCUCAUCAGCUCACUAUUCCGACUCUACCCAUCUCAAACUAAAGGCGCAAUCCUAAUCGACGGAGUCAACAUUGAUCGCGUUCCGCUUAAGCAGCUGAGACAAAGUCUGACGAUCAUUCCGCAAAAUCCAACGCUGUUCUCGGGAACUCUUCGGCAAAACCUCGAUCCCACCAAUGUCCACGUAAACGACGUCGAUCUUUGGAGAGUGCUCGAUCACUGCAAGCUAAAAGAGCUUGUCGCAAAUUUCCCCGAGCAACUCAACACGAUGGUUGAUGAUCGUCGAUCGAACCUUUCCGUGGGACAAAAGCAGCUUCUUUGCUUGGCCAGAGGAAUCCUACGUGAUACCAGGAUCGUAAUUCUGGACGAGGCCACGUCGGCGAUGGACGGGGAAACUGAGCGGACCAUACAGCAGGUGUUCAGGGAGACAUUUAAAGAAUGUACGGUGUUGAUGAUCGCACACCGUAAGAGUACGAUCAGGGAGGUUGAUCGGGUGCUGUACAUGAGGCAAGGGAAGAUCGUGAAACUGGAUCGACCCAGUGAGUUUGGGGAAGGAGAUUUGAUGGAGCUGUAAGAGGGGUACUUAAUUGAGCUAAGAUUUAUGUGAAUUAUAUGUUAUAUCAAUUAUAGAGGACGCUUAUUUACAUAAUAUAUCGUAAUGUGAUG